AGUAGAACACACCCAACCUCGUCAACCACUGCUCCCAGUCCCUGUCCUUCAAAACCCGCAUUUUUUUUUUCUGUUCCUAAUCCAAAGUUACAAUAUAAUAUUUUUGUUUAACCAUAAUUGCUAUUUUUAAUUGCAACAAAGUUGGCUGCAUUUGGUGGAAAACCUUGCUGGUGAGGGGAAUUUUGUUUCAAGUCGUUGGUCUUUCACUGUCUCUAUUAUCUGAAUCAACCUUCGUGACUCGUUGUUGUGACCCGGUGAUUCGCUUGUUUGACUCCUUUUGAAGCAACCCUUUCUCUCCCUUCAGCUAUUUCCUAUGAUGGGUUUUGGAUUUUUCUGUUUGAUCCCCUGCAAUCAGUUGCUGGAACUGGGAACUGGGUUGUUGAAAUUUUUGUGAGAUAUGGUGUGUUUGGGGUUUGAUAUGGAUGAGGUUGACUCCGAAAGAUUGAAACUUUGGUUGGUUAAGAGGGUGAGACUCGGGAUUUUGUUGAGAAUUGCAUUUGGUUUGUGGGUGUUUCUCUUCUUUCUUAGUCCGGUGGCAGGUUUGAGACCCUUAAGGGACAGAACUAGUUCGUGGGGUGAUGAGUGGGUUUUUACAAGAAAAGAUGAAAGUGACUCAGGUCCAUUUUCACAAUGGAACAUAACUGGAACUUACAGAGGGACUUGGAAGUUUUUAGAUACUGCAAAUGGCUCUACCAGAUUUCCAGACAUCAGAAAAAUAAAUGGAAAUUCUGUUAUUGAAUUAGUUAGUACACCCACAAAGAUAACUGGUGUGCAUUAUGUGCAGGGGGUAGUUAUAUUCCAUGAUGUGUUUGACAAUGAAUACAAUGUUGGUGGUGCUCAAAUCAGAGUAGAAGGUGUAUAUAUUUGGCCUUAUAGGCAGCUGCGAAUGGUAGCAAACAGUGGAAAAGAGGGAGGGUUAAGUCAGGAUGGAGAUUAUAUUUUAUCUAACCCAUAUCAUCUGCUUGGAGUUUUCUCAUCUCAAGUAUUCCAAGAAUCUUCACGAAAUAAGAUGUGGAGCAGAAAGCAUUCUCCAUUGCAUGGCAUGGAGAAACAUUGCAACGUAGAAAUUGCCGCUCAGGUUUCACGAUUGUCAUCAUCAAAACAUGAAGGAGAGCAUGAUUCUUUUCAACUAGAAGGGUUAAUGGAGAGUCCGUCAGUGGAUGAUGAUGGGGACUGCUUCUCACCUUUACAGUUAAAUGCGACAUCUAUUAACAUUGAAGUUUACUAUAACAAAGCAGUGAACUAUACUUUGAUGGUUACUUUUAUCUCUUUUUUGCAAGUCCUUCUAUUAAUCAGGCAAAUGGAGCAUAGCAACACCCAAUCUGGGGCUGCUAAGGUGUCAAUACUAAUGAUUGGUCAGCAAGCUAUAGUAGAUGCUUAUCUUUGCCUUAUACAUUUAACUGCAGGAAUACUAGUUGAAUCCUUGUUCAACGCUUUUGCAACUGCUGCAUUUUUCAAGUUUGUGGUUUUUUCAAUAUUUGAGAUGAGAUACCUCCUUGCCAUCUGGAAGGCAAAUAGGCCUUUGAGCAGUGGUGAAGGUUGGGAGACAAUGAGGCGUGAGCUGUCAGUUCUAUACAGCCGUUUCUACGGGAUCCUAUUGGGUGGCAUUCUACUUAUGUAUGAAUUCCAUAAUCAUUUGAGACUUAUUCUUCUUCUUGUAUACUCCUUUUGGAUACCUCAGAUAAUCACUAAUGUUGUUCGUGAUUCACGCAAACCAUUGCAUCCUCAUUAUAUCUUAGGCAUAACUGUUACUCGGGUAGCAAUCCCAUUAUAUAUAUUUGGUUGUCCAAACAACUUCUUGCGCAUAGAACCAGAUCAGAGCUGGUGCGUUUGUUUAGUUGUAUUUGUUGGACUUCAAGCGGCAACUCUCCUCCUUCAGCACUAUUUUGGGUCCCGGUGGUUCAUUCCUCAUCAGAUUCUACCUGAGAAAUACAGCUAUUAUAGGAGGUUUACUCAAGAUACAAAUCAUGCCACAGACUGUGUUAUAUGCAUGACAGCCAUUGAUCUUUUUCCACGAUCUAACGAUUGCAUGGUGACCCCUUGUGAUCAUUUUUUCCACUCUGGUUGUUUGCAAAGAUGGAUGGAUAUAAAGAUGGAGUGCCCAACUUGCCGGCGCCCCCUUCCACCUGCAUGAAAAGAUUUCCUGUGUUUAUAUCAAUAGGAUCAACUCCAUUGCCCAACUUGAUAAUUUAGGUUGGGAUAGAAUGCAUAUUCGGUGUAAUUGCACCUUCAGUACAAGACUGAAACACGAUACUACUGACAAUUGUAUCAUGCAGUAUUGGUAUAAAUUUUUUUCACUGGUUAUGUAUCAAUAAUGUUGUACAUUAGAAAUUCUAUAUGAUGAUCUUUUGACUUCAAUCC